AUGUUGAAUCGUUAUUUACUAUUAGCAAUAUUUUUACCGUCAUUAUGUCUAUUAGUCAAUGGUGGUGAUGAAUUCGAAGAUUACCGAUGUAAAUGUGUUUGCCCAUCAUUUACUGUUUUACAAGAUCCCACAAUGAAUGAAACAAAUCGACGUGUUUAUGUUGAUGUUGUUGCACCGGAUAAUUGUACAUGUGAACGUGUUGUUUUUCGUACAAUACAAGCAUCAUCUAGUUUUCAGCAACGUUUUUGUCCAAGAUGUGUUUGCAAUUAUGAAGUACGAAAUACAACUACCAUGAAAGUCGUGGUUAUCAUAAUAAUGGUUGCAAUAUCGCUACUAUUUAUUUAUAUGUCAUUUUUACUUUGUCUCGAUCCAGUAAUGAAUCAAAAUACGAAAUCAUCAGCUGCCGUUCGACAACCAAAACAUUAUCAAAGACAAGUCAAUGAAGAAGUUAAUCUAUCAAAUCCAACGCAAGAAUGUGUAUUCAGUGAGCCAACUAGCACUGGAUUACCAAGUAGUCCACAGCGGCCAUCAACUGUUUUAAAUUUGGUUACACAUGAACAAUCAAAAUGGAGAAAACAAGUACAACAGCAACGACAAUCGGUUUAUAGUAAACAUGAAAUACUUAAUUAG